GUAAGGAAGAACAACAUGAAGAGUGUAGCUGGAAUCGAUUGGACUUUCAACAGUUAGGGUGGCGUUGAUGAUGGAUGCUAUAAGGAUUGGAGUCAUGACAUUCUUGUUUCAAGGAAGGUUAGUUUGGUAUGGUUUUCGAUGUCCUUUAAAGGCGGUCACACAAUCGGAGGUCAAUCAAGAAUUGGAAAGACAAGAGGUUGAAGAAAUGUUAGAUGAUUGUAUUAAAAUGUAUGCCCUUAAACAGGUUCCCUCUGAGAUAAUAUGCAUUGAGAAAGAGUCUAUAACUGAUGGAAUUUUGGAACUCAUAUCUGAAUUGGGGAUACAGAAAUUGGUAAUGGGUGCAGGAUCUAACAGCAGAUUUUUGAGGAUAAAACCAAAACCCACCUCAGAACAGUCUAAUGAAGUCCUUAAUAAAGCUCCUGAUUUCUGUCAUAUCUGGUUUGUAUACAAGGGUCGUCUAAUAUAUACAAGGUAUAUUUUGCUUGCUAAAGUUAAUCAAUACAUGUUCAUUCUCUUGGUGACUUGGUGUUACUUCAAAUUGAUAAUUAUUGUGUCUACUAGCUUCAUAUCUCUUAAAUUGAUUAAUUUGUGUGGUAUCAGAAAUUACUAGACACAAGUUUCGUAUCAAGGAGGGUAAUAAGUAUU